GGCAAGGAAAGAAAAGUCUGCAAACCACUCCAAGACAAGACGAGGAAUGAAGUCACCUAAGCAAGCAACCCUCCAAAAUCCCCUUCUCAAACCCUCAGAAAAGCAAUUGAAAAAGAGUAGAUCACAAGAUUCUAAUACUGAAAUCCAAUCCCACACAUCUACCAAACCUUUCCCCAAUAAUCAAUUCUCAAAAAAAAUGUGAACCCUUUUGCUGAUCAUCAUCAUCAAACCAUCUUCAAACAUCUCCCUGCUAGCUUUGCCACCCAUGGCAGCUACGGAGGACUGCAACCAAAUGGCUGCAGACUGUGUAGUGGUAUCCUGCUGCUGCCAAUGCUUGUUCCUGCAGUUCCUCAUCUACGUGUUCCUCAAGCUACCAAGGAGGCUGCUCGAGCGAACAAGGGACUACGCGAGAAAGAAGCUGAUGAAGAUGAGGAGCAGGAAGAAAAUAGAGACAGAGCUAGUGGGGAGAAGAACUGCCAAGUUCGGAGAAAUCUCUGCUGAUGUAUACAACACCGAAGAAUCCAUGUGCAUUGACAUAGGCCUGUUAGAGGAGUUCAAGAAAUCCAAUGCCGAUAAUAAGAACAUCAUUGAACAUGUGCAGAUGGGUGAAGAUCGUCAUCAAUGCAUUGAGGAAAUAGAGAGGGUGUUGGAUGAGUACCACGCUAGAGGUGAGUUUGGGUUUGGGAGCUUUUGGAGGAAGGAAGUGUGCAAAAUGGGCUCACCAUCUUCCUCGUCGUCAUCAUUCUCAUCAUCGUCGCCAAUGUCUUGGGGAAGAUCAACAAUGGCUUCUCCACGUCCAUCACAUAAUUCGACUUCAUCAUCGACGGGAAGGAGUAGUGGUGGAGGUAAAAAGCAGAAGAAGAGGAAGGAGUCGGGGGGUUUGAGAGUUGUGCAGUUUGAAUUGAUUGAAAUUGUUCAUUCUUUAUCACGUUCAUCAUAUGGAUCGUUUCAGAAGAUUGAAAAGUUGCUAGAUUAUGAGAAAUCACCUUCAGGGAUUUGGAGAAACAUCAAUACAUCAUGAGCUUAGUUUGCUUGUGAGUUUGUUUCAUAUUUAGCAUUUUUAUGUUCUUCUCUCUGCAAUCAGGAUAAUGGGCAACCAAAAUCUGGUCAUUAUGAAGGGACUAUCUUGAUUGCAAUUUAUGUUGGUUGUCCCUGCAUUCCUUAUAUUAGUUGGGAAUUUUCUACACAAGUAUAUGAAUAAUUUGUUAAGCUUUAAUCGAACUCUAUUGUGUAAAGCACCACAUUUAGGUCUCCGACUAAUCGUAUGGCGUGUGAUGCAAGGAAAUGAAACCAACGAGUUUAUUGGAGAAGUUGAGUUACUUCCUCCUGCAAGCUCUUACUGCAGAAGAUAUCAUGACGACGACCAAUGGCUGAGCUAAGUUCAUAUUCUCCCUUAGCUAGACGAAUUUGACCGACGACCAGCAUAAUCACUUGUGUUCUUGGCAAUAUGGCAGGAGAGCAAUAGUAAUCUCAUGAUGGUUAGAGAUUUAAAAUCCCAGAAAAACUCAUUGUUCAUCUUCUUCCCCAAAAAAAAGCAAUGAGAGACACCAUUAUCAACCUCAAAGUUGACGAUAGUCACGAGAUUCGACGAUUCUUUUCUUGAUGUUGGAUUUUUUUUUUUUUUUUUUUUUUGCCAUAGAUCGGGAAUGAAAUAGAUAUUACAGG